UUUCUACUCAGCUCGAAAAUAUAAUCAACUCAUAAAUGGCGCUAGUUUUGUAUCCCAACUGUAAAAAUAUUUACCCUAAACCAUUUUCCACAACAAGGAACCCUAAUUUCAAACUCAAUCGCUCGCAAUCCUCCGUUCAAUUCGCGGCGAACCACUCUCCUUUCUCCGCUUCCACCAAUCGGCGGAGCCUCCGGGUUUUCAACAAUCCAGGAGAAGAUUCCGGCCAGAGCGGCGGUUCUCCAGAGGAUAAUGAAGUCGAUAAUUUGGGCGUUCAAGCAGCAUUAUCAAUGCUAAGAUUCUACAAACGGGAAAUAUCACCAUUGAUGCCGAAUAGCUGUAGAUACCUUCCAACUUGCAGUGAGUACUCGAUGAUUUCUUACAAGAAAUACGGAGUUUUGAAGGGGACGAUUUUGACCGCUUGGCGUCUCUGUCGCUGCAAUCCUUUAGGAGGAUCUGGUUUCGAUCCCCCGCGGUGGUUUGACGAGACGACUCCACCUGAGCAGUGAGUUGAAGUUCUAUUAUGUAAAGGUACUUUCUUAAUUAUCAUACUAAAGAUGGUUUCUGUAUAUAACUUCUAUUUGAACUUUGACAUUGAUUCUUUUUAAAUAGCAUGAGCUACAUAUGUGUUACUCUAAGUAUUGAGUCGAGCAUAACGCAUGUUUGUUCAAAGUUCAAACUUGUUUGAAUCUUUAUCGAGCUUCUGCAUUUGUGCUUGGUUGAUAAGCAAAUAAGUUGAGCUCGAACGAGCUUUAAUAGA